UCCGUGAAGUCGCCAUAUCUCCAUCAGGACCCUGUUUCUUGUUUUUUAUCCAGUGGCUAAUUUGGCUAGCACCACACAACAAACCGGGCGGAAGCAACAAGUUAUAAACGAUCGUUAAAUUUAACAGAAAACGAGCAAGUAUGAAGUUAUCCGCCAUUCGCGGUGCUUGCGCCAACGCUACUGUUCGGAUGCAUCACGCUUGUCACGGAAGCAGGGUCAGCGGGUUAACGCGGAGAUGCACACCGACCAGUGUAGCACAUACCCGGCUUGCCUACCGAGCGAUGAGCGCCCCGGCUAACAGUGGCACCAACGCGAAACUGCUCGACAACUUUGGGAAGCAGUCACACAAACGCACCAACUUCGACCAAUCUCUGAGGGAUGUGGUUCAGAGUACCAAGGAGGCAAUCGUGGCCUUGCAGAGAAGUAAUCCAGGAGUGCAGCCUUUGCUUGCCAUUGUACAGGCGGGUGAAGACGACAGCCUGUUGGAGAUCAAUAAAAAAAUAGCAGCAAAGGUUGGAAUAAAUGUCACUCAGAUUUGUCUGGCCAAGGAUUGCAGCGAGGAUGAUCUUGUCGAGGAAGUGUUGAAACUAAAUGAGGACCCCAGGGUGCACGGCGUCUACCUCCACCUUCCCCCUGCAAACCUCACCAGUCGAGUACUCAACACUCUCAAGCCAGAUAAGGACAUAGAUGGGAUAACAUAUUUGAAUUUGGGUCGUUUGGUGCAAGGAGAUCUAAGCAAAGGUUUUACACUGCCAAUAGCCAGCGCUGUUGUGGAUCUUUUGCAGAAACAUGACGCUCCUUUAGAAGGAAGAACCGUGUUAAUGAUUGGCACUGAAGGAGCCCUUGGAGUGGCUCUGCAAUGCAUGAUAGAGAGAAGUGGAAUGACAACUUUUAAAACUCACCCACAUGACAAGAAUCUACAGAAACAGGUAAUGGAAGCUGAUGCUUUGGUGCUAGUAGGUGUCGACGUCCUGCCCACUUGGAUCAGGCCAGGGACUGCUGUCAUCCAAUUAGAGCCCACCCUAGACACAGAUACUUCCGAGAUGUCCUCAAAGUGCGGGUUAGCGACUCUCACAGCAGCGUACAGAAUACAGAAUGUGGUGCACAGCAGCAGUCGGAGACUCCAGGAGCAACAAUACCGAGCAUGGCGAUUGCGUAGUCUCAAACUGCAGCCUCUGACGCUGGUACCAAGUGACAUUGAGAUCUCCAGAGCUCAGACUCCCAAGCCAGUGGAGCAGCUUGCAGAGGAGAUUGGCUUGUUGCCAGAAGAACUUGAAGCGUACGGCAGGAGCAAAGCAAAAGUCCGCCUUUCCCUCUUAAACCGCCUCCAAGCACAGCCUGAUGGGAAAUAUGUACUGGUGGCUGGUAUAACUCCCACCCCGCUUGGCGAAGGUAAGAGCACGGUGACCAUCGGCUUAGUCCAGGCCCUGUCUGCUCACCUGAAGCUCAACUCUUUCGCUUGUCUACGCCAGCCCUCCCAGGGACCUACGUUUGGGGUUAAAGGGGGAGCUGCAGGAGGGGGAUAUGCCCAGGUCAUCCCAAUGGAGGAGUUCAACCUCCAUCUGACUGGUGACAUUCAUGCAAUCACUGCUGCCAACAACCUGGUGGCAGCGGCCAUUGAUGCCAGGAUGCUCCAUGAGGCCACCCAAUCAGACAAGGCUUUGUUCAGUAGGCUGGUACCUUCAGUCAAUGGCGUAAGAAGAUUUGCACCUAUCCAGAUUGCCAGGCUGCAUCGUCUUCGCAUCAAUAAAACCGACCCCGCCUCCUUGACACCCCAGGAAGUCAGCUCUUUUGUCCGUCUUGAUCUUGAUCCCGCCAAGAUUACCUGGCAGAGGGUGGUUGACACAAACGACCGCUUUUUGCGGAAGAUCACCGUAGGACAAGCAAGCACUGAAAAAGGACAAAUCAGAGAGACUGGGUUUGACAUUGCGGUGGCCAGCGAGAUCAUGGCCAUCUUGGCUCUGGCAGACAGCUUGGAGGACAUGAAAGCAAGACUGGCACGCAUGGUGGUGGGGACCAGCCGAUCUGGACAGCCCGUCACCGCAGAAGACCUGGGCGUGAGCGGGGCGCUGGCCGUGCUAAUGAAAGAUGCCAUCAAGCCCACGCUGAUGCAAACCCUUGAGGGUUCACCAGUGUUUGUACACGCCGGGCCCUUUGCCAACAUCGCCCAUGGCAACUCCUCUGUCCUCGCUGACAAGCUGGCUUUGAAGCUGGUAGGACAAGAUGGCUUUGUGGUAACUGAAGCCGGAUUUGGAGCGGACAUUGGAAUGGAGAAAUUCUUUAACAUCAAAUGUCGGGCUUCAGGACUUAGGCCUAGUGUGGUGGUGCUAGUUGCUACUGUGCGAGCUCUCAAGAUGCACGGCGGAGGCCCUAAGGUAUCAGCAGGCGCACCUCUUCCGAGAGAAUACAUUGAUGAGAAUCUUUCCCUUGUUCAAGGUGGUUGCCUUAGCAAUCUGAGAAAGCAGAUUGGGAUAGCGCAUCUUUUUGGGGUACCAGUGGUUGUGGCACUCAAUGUAUUUAAGACAGACACCCAGCCAGAGAUCGAUCUUGUUUGUCAGCUUGCCAAAGAGUGCGGGGCGUCUAAUGCUGUGCCUUGCCACCAUUGGGCUCAGGGUGGGCGAGGAUGUUUGGAACUCGCCCAGGCGGUAAAAGCUGCUGCUAGCCGACCAAGCGACUUCCAGUUCCUCUACAACAUCCAGAUGCCAAUAGUAGAGAAGAUUAGAACGAUAGCACAAAAGGUGUAUGGCGCUGAUGACAUCAAUCUGUCCUCUGAGGCCAUGGCCAAAAUAAAUUACUACAAUCAACAGGGCUUUGCAUCUUUACCUAUCUGCAUGGCCAAGACUCACCUGUCCUUGUCCCACAUGUCGGAAAAGAAAGGUGCACCCACGGGAUUCAUUUUGCCAAUCAGAGAUGUUCGUGCCAGCAUCGGCGCUGGCUUCAUCUAUCCACUCGUGGGAACGAUGAGCACCAUGCCCGGCCUGCCGACACGACCCUGUUUCUACGACAUUGACCUUGACCCAGUCACGGAGGAGAUCACCGGGCUCUUUUAAGCAUAAAUAUGCUUACAGGCACAAUUUGUGCCGGCGUUCCCAGGAUGCUCCACGCGUACACCGUGAAGACUCAUCACUGCAUCACUGAUGGGAAAGGCUCUCCCAUUAGUCCUUCCCAGCAGCUCAUAUCCACAUUUUGCUGUAUUUGCACAUGAGUGUAACCUGCCAAAGAUAACCUCUAACCAUGUUUCGUGUGGGUUGUCUUUGACAUCUCCCGUGCAGCCUUUGUGUUUUAAUGCUUAUGUUGUUUAUGUAAGAAAUUACUCAGGUUUUUAGUAAUUCUCUAUUUUAUACUCGUCAAUGGACGCACAAAUAGCCAUUAUGUCUAAUCGCCAUAGCAGCUAAUCUUAUUGCAGUUUUACAUUGUGUUGUUGCAAAAUGUUCCAUUUUAUUUAACAAGGUCACCAAGCAGCCUCUUGUGUGAGUGUAGGUCUCACAUAAGAAGUAGUUACCACAUGAUGAGUGUUGUUACUCCAUAAUAACUUAUAGUAAUAUGCUGUGGAUAUGAAUGCAUUUUUUUAAAAAGAUUUGUAUCUGCAACACUCUUUUUUUAUCAUGCUUAUUUAGUGACUGCAUUUACCUGAGGCUGGCAGCUUCAAAAACCUAUUCAGUAUUUCUGACAGUAUCAAUUCUGAGCUUUAAAAAAUACAUUCAUUAUACUAAUAAUGUGUUAGUGUUUUUAUUUGCAGCUGUUGUCUUGCAGUUUGAGGUGCUGUACCCGAUUUGAAUGGGGCAGUAGAGGAAGCCCCCCUGCAUCACCCCAGGGUGUAGAAUCUGUCAUGAUGAGGUGUUUGGGUGCACGUGUGCACGUGUGUCCGUCACAUGCAGCAUU